AUGGAGACCAUUCCAACUUUCGCCCAAGAGGCGGCCAUCCCUGAGGCCCAGCCUGCCAUUUUCACGAAGAUCGAGGCAGAGCUGCCCAUUCCUAACUUCGAUCCCGCGGUGCAUCUAAGCUACCGACCGCCACCAGCUCGUUACUCUUUCACGAAACUCGGCCUUCCUGUACCCAAGGGAUGCCCAGACCUGUGCUAUACGGAACCCUUCCAGCUUUUCUCUGAAGAAGGUGUGCGGGUGAUACGUCGAGAGGUUUUCCGUCGGGAGUUUCUGGACAAAUACAUGCGUUCUUGGGAGAGGGCUCCAUGCCUAAUCAGCGGUCACUACCCUGUGAAGAACGAUGGCACAUUUCUUAAGCAAGCGAUGACACAUCCAGUUACCCAGGCCUCUAUCAACUCGGCCUUUGGAUGUGCCCUCAAGCUGCAGUCCGACGAGAAUGCUAUGGGAUACAUCAAUGUGCAGCUCGGAGCAGAUGGCAUUGAUGGUGUCUAUCGCUUGGGGGAAUACCCAACCAAGCCACUUCCUGUUGCUGCUGCUCUUCCGUCUUCAGAUUACGACGGCGCAUUCAUUGAUAGCUGGCACAAGGAUACAACACCAAUUGUGCUGGUUCUUAUGCUCAGUGACACGUCUACAAUGGUCGGGGGGGAGACCGCCAUCCGUACCGGCGACGGACAAGUCAUCAAAACGCGAGGUGCUGCAAUUGGCGGUGCUGUCAUGAUGGCGGGUGCCUAUCUGGAGCAUGCAGCACUGCGUGCAAGCAACUGUGCUGAGCGGCUUAGUCUUGUCAACAGUUACGCCUAUGCAGACCCCGAUGCCGACGACAGCGGAACUACGCUCAGGAGUGUAAACCUGGGCUUUGACAACAUCCCCUACGUAAAAAACACUUUCUUGGACUUGAAGUUGCGCCGCCUUAGAGACCGUUGCGAUUUGGCUCUAGCACGCGUUCAAGAGCGUCGUGCUGAGGGCGAGAUGCCCAGCCAGGAGGAGUGCGAGGAGUGGAUACGCGAUCAGAUCCGACUACUAAAGCAUACCGGUUGGGAACUAUUUGAACGUAUCCCGAACCAUCUGGCCAAGGAAAUGCCAGAGGAUGCUCUGACUAAAUAUCUUUCUGAUGCUUAG